AUGCCUCCUUCCGAAACUACCUGCUCACACGCGGAGUCCAAGAACCACGAGAAUACCCAAAGCGCCUCAGAAACCCACGGUCAUUCGGUCCGGUGGCCUGUGGGAAUUGUAGUCCGGGGCCGGAAACGCAGAAGACGCCGGAAACCCAAGUGCCUUGGGACCGCGCGGCCCGGGGGUUUCCGGAAGUUGUUGUCGCUCAGCUCCCAGCCUGCGAGCAUUUCCCAGCUCUUGUUUCCCAUCAGCCUCUGGGUCCAAACUAACCACCGGGCUCCGGGUCCUCUAACGGCGUCCUCAAAGUUCUUGGAUUCUCUGUGUUCUGGCUUUUCUGGAUUCUGUGCUUCGCCAGUAGAGGAAUUCCAUGGAGCAUUAAUUAAUUCUUGCAAUUCCAGAACCAUGACUGAUGGGUUGGUGACAUUCAGGGAUGUGGCCAUCGACUUCUCUCAGGAGGAGUGGGAAUGCCUGGACCCUGCUCAGAGGGACUUGUACGUGGAUGUGAUGUUGGAGAACUAUAGUAAUUUGGUGUCACUGGAUUUGGAGUCAACAACAUAUGACACCAAAAAAAUAUUUUCAGAAAAGGAUAUUUUUGAAAUAAAUUUUUCUCAAUGGGAGAUGAAGGAAAAAAGUAAAACCCCUGGCCUUGAGGCAUCCAUUUUCAGAAAUAAUUGGAAGUGCAAAAGCUUAUUUGAGGGACUAAAAGGACAUCAAGAGGGAUACUUCAGCCAAAUGAUAAUCAGCUAUGAAAAAUUACCCUCUUACAGAAAAAGUGAAUCUCUUACACCACAUCAAAUAAUUUGUAAUACAGAGAAGCCCUAUGUUUGUAAGGAAUGUGGGAAGGCUUGCAGUCAUGGCUCAAAACUUGUUCAACAUGAGAGAACUCAUACAGCUGAAAAACAUUUUGAGUGUAAAGAAUGUGGGAAGAACUAUUUAAGUGCCUAUCAACUCAAUGUGCAUCAGAGAUUUCAUACUGGCGAGAAACCCUAUGAGUGUAAGGAAUGUGGGAAGACCUUUAGUUGGGGAUCAAGCCUUGUUAAACACGAGAGAAUCCAUACCGGUGAGAAACCGUAUGAAUGUAAAGAAUGUGGGAAGGCCUUUAGUCGUGGCUAUCACCUUACUCAACAUCAGAAAAUUCAUAUUGGUGUGAAAUCUUACAAAUGUAAGGAAUGUGGGAAGGCCUUUUUCUGGGGCUCAAGCCUUGCUAAACAUGAGAUAAUUCAUACAGGUGAGAAACCUUAUAAAUGUAAAGAAUGUGGGAAAGCCUUCAGUCGUGGCUAUCAACUUACUCAGCAUCAGAAAAUCCAUACUGGUAAGAAACCUUAUGAAUGUAAAAUAUGUGGAAAGGCUUUUUGUUGGGGCUAUCAACUUACUCGGCAUCAGAUAUUUCAUACUGGUGAGAAACCCUAUGAAUGUAAGGAAUGUGGGAAGGCCUUUAAUUGCGGAUCAAGUCUUAUUCAACAUGAAAGAAUUCAUACUGGUGAGAAACCUUAUGAAUGUAAAGAAUGUGGAAAGGCCUUUAGUCGUGGCUAUCACCUUUCUCAACAUCAGAAAAUCCAUACUGGUGAGAAACCUUUUGAAUGUAAGGAAUGUGGGAAGGCCUUUAGUUGGGGUUCAAGUCUUGUUAAACAUGAGAGAGUUCACACUGGUGAGAAAUCCCAUGAAUGUAUAGAAUGUGGAAAGACCUUUUGUAGUGGGUAUCAACUUACUCGACAUCAGGUAUUUCAUACUGGUGAGAAACCCUAUCAAUGUAAGGAAUGUGGGAAGGCUUUUAAUUGUGGAUCAAGCCUUGUUCAGCAUGAGAGAAUCCAUACAGGGGAGAAACCUUAUGAAUGUAAAGAAUGUGGGAAGGCUUUUAGUCGUGGCUAUCACCUUACUCAACAUCAGAAAAUUCAUACCGGUGAGAAACCUUUUAAAUGUAAGGAAUGUGGGAAGGCCUUCAGUUGGGGUUCAAGCCUAGUUAAGCAUGAGAGAGUCCAUACUAAUGAGAAGUCUUAUGAAUGUAAAGACUGUGGGAAGGCCUUUGGUAGUGGCUAUCAACUUAGUGUUCAUCAGAGAUUUCAUACUGGUGAGAAGCUUUAUCAAUGUAAGGAAUACAGGAAGACCUUUACUCAUGGCUCAAAACUUGUUCAUAAGAGAACUCAUAGUAAUGAUAAACCCUACAAAUAUAAAGAAUGUGGGGAAGCCUUUCUGUGGACAACUUACUCAAAUGAGAAAAUUGAUACCAAUGAAACCUUAUGAUUGAAAGCUAUAAAAGAACAUUUUUGUGUGUGUGUACAAACAACAUAAGGAGAACUCUUAUACUUGAGAAACGCUGUGAAUGUAAGGGGUGUGCAAAAGCCAUUCAUUUCUGUUUACGGACAAUUAUCUUGCUAUCCAGAAAUCCAUACUAGUGAGAAAUAUUUUAAAUAUAAGUAAUAUGAAAAGGCUUUAGACUUCUGUACAGUCUUAUUGGAUAUCAAUUUAUACUGAUGUAAAAUCAUUUAAAU